AUGGCUGGGGACAAGCUCCCACGCAAGGUGAUGGACCCGAAGAAGCUGGCCAGCCUCCUGAGGAACGGAGCGGAGGGCACCCUGGUCAUCGACAGCCGCUCCUUCGUGGAGUACAACUCCUGGCACGUCCUCAGCUCCGUCAACAUCUGCUGCUCCAAGCUCGUCAAGAGGAGGCUCCAGCAGGACAAGGUCUCCAUCACAGAGCUCAUCCAGCCCGCCUCCAAGAUGAAGGUGGAGGCAGAGGAACACCAGGACGUGGUGGUCUACGACCAGAGCACGCGGGACGUGACGGGCUUGGCUGCCGACAGCUUCCUCUCCAUCCUCCUGGGCAAACUGGACAGCUGUUUCCACAGUGUUUCCAUCCUCACAGGAGGCUUUGCCACCUUCUCAUCCUGCUUCCCAGGGCUCUGUGAGGGGAAGCCAGCUGCCAUCCUGCCGAUGAGCAUCUCCCAGCCAUGUUUGCCUGUGGCCAAUGUCGGCCCCACGCGCAUCCUGCCGCAUCUCUACCUGGGCUCCCAGAAAGACGUCCUGAACAAGGACUUGAUGACGCAGAACGGGAUAAGCUAUGUCCUCAAUGCCAGCAACUCCUGUCCCAAGCCAGACUUCAUCUGUGAUAGUCACUUCAUGCGCAUUCCUGUCAACGACAACUACUGUGAGAAGCUGCUCCCCUGGCUGGACAAGUCCAUUGAAUUCAUUGACAAGGCCAAGGUGUCCAGCUGCCAGGUGAUUGUGCACUGCUUGGCCGGGAUCUCCCGGUCGGCCACCAUUGCCAUCGCCUACAUCAUGAAGACCAUGGGUAUGUCGUCAGAUGAUGCUUACAGGUUCGUUAAGGACCGUCGCCCGUCCAUCUCGCCCAACUUCAACUUCCUGGGCCAGCUCCUGGAGUACGAGAGGAGCCUGAAGCUCCUCAAGGCCCUGAAGUCAAAGGGCGACCGGGGCGAGGGGGAUGCCCAGCAGGACCCGGCAGAGGCGGCUGAGGGCGGCUGGCACCCCCCCACACCUACCUCAGAGAAGGCGGAGGAGGUGCCGAGAGGCGCCGGCCCGGCGUCCCCCCAUGGCGACCCCGAGCGCCAAGGCGGGACCCCGAAGGUCCUGUCCUCGGCUGUCGAGCUUUGUUUGCGCUCGCUGAGAGCCGAAUUUCCAGGGCGUAAGCAGACAGUGAAGGUCUUGGCUUUCCUGAAGAAGGAGCCUGACCGGGGUGCUGUGUACGCUUUGGUGAGUUUAGGGGAGCCAUUUAUUAAAGCAGAGCAUUCUGAUCACAAAGCAGCUGAGCUCUGGCUGCGACUUAAGCUAGAGAAGUUCACGGGGCUUAAAGCGCUCUGGCAGCACGCUCUUGCUGUCCCUCAGAGGCCCAUUGUGCAGGUGCCAGUGAACUGUGCGAUGCAGCAGAUUGCCAGUACUCUCGCAUGA